UAAAUAUCAAAAAUGAUUUUUAUUAAACGUUUUCCAAACACAAAACAUGUAAAUAAUUGUAUAAAAUCAAAAUUUAAAAAUUUACACGUAUCGGUUAACGCCAAAACAGCAGUAAAUUUAGCAUAUCAAGUAAUUCAAAAUGACAAGACUAAAAACUCAUCAGCAAAUCCUAUAAUAAUAUCACAUGGUCUAAUGGGUCAGAGUAAUAAUUGGAAAAGUGUUUCAAAAUGUUUACUUCAGGAUCUCGUUCCAAAUCGAAAAAUAUAUGUAAUUGAUAACAGAAAUCAUGGCGAUAGUCCACACACACCAGACCAUAGUUAUGAAUUAAUGUCCGAUGAUACCGUACAACUUUAUUCGACCUUAGGUUUAACAGAAGCUGUUUUAUUAGGACAUUCAAUGGGUGGCCGAGCUUUUAUGCAUACUGCUUUAACAAAACCUGAAAAAGUAUCAAGCUUAAUACUCGUCGAUAUUUCUCCAAUUAUUGAAGGAGAUGAAGUUAAAACUAUAUUGGCUGAUCCUUUAAAUAUUCUUAAAACAUUAGCGACAAUUGAUUUAAGAAAACAAAAAGGAAUUGAGCUACAUGAAGGUCGAAAAAUUGUAGACAAGGAAUUAAAAAAACUUUCAAUUGAUCGUCCCGGACUUAGACAGUUUAUAUUACAAAAUUUGAAACAAAAUCCCGAUCGAAGUUGGAGUUGGAAGAUAAAUAUCCCAACAUUAAUAGAAAAAUAUUCUAAUUUGAAAUUGUUAAACUUUAAAAAUUUUGUUUACGAUAAACCUGUGCUGAUAGUUGCGGGAGAAAAAUCCAAUUUUGUACCAAUAUCACAUAUAGAACCUAUCAAAAAGAUUUUUCCUAAUGUAAGAAUAGAAUUUGUUCCGAAUGCAGGUCAUUUGGUUCAUAUGGAACAUUCAAAACUUUUUUGUGAAAUUGUAAUAGAUUUUCUAGCAAGCCUACACUAA